AUGCACUUGCGAGCUGUGCUUAUAAAGCAGAUGGAGGCGACUAGGCAAGCCGAGAGCAAGAGUAUGAGCAAGAGCAAUGCCUUUGCUCAAGCCAGCCACGACGUUCGCGCGUCUUUGGCCGGGAUCAUCGGCCUUAUAGAUAUAAGUUAUGAAGAAGUUUCUCCAGGUUCGGAGCUCGAGAAGAACUUGAAGCAGAUGGAAUCUUGUGCAAAGGACUUGUUGGGUUUUUUGAAUCGCAUUCUCGAUACGAGCAAAGUUGAGGCCGGAAAAAUGCUGCUGGAAGAAGAAGAAUUCGAUUUGGCUCAGCUUCUUCAGGACGUGGUUGAUCUGUAUCAUCCAGUGGCCAUGAGAAAAGGUGUGGAUGUUGUUUUAGACCCUACUGAUGGCACAGUGCUCAGAUAUUCACUUGUGAAGGGAGAUAGAGGAAAGCUUAAACAGAUACUAUCCAACUUGCUGAGCAAUGCUGUUAAAUUUACGGAUGGUGGUCACAUAUCCGUCCGGGCAUGGGUUAAAAAACCCAGCUUAGAAGAUUCGAUACUCGCUUCCCCUAGGAGUAGCGGGUGGGAACGCUUGAUGUGCUUGGUCUGUGAGAAGAAAGACGAGGACAGUGGCGAUGAGGUUGCGAACGAAUUCCAGCGAAGUCCUAAUUCUGCGGAAUUUGUAUUCGAGGUGGACGAUACCGGCAAAGGAAUUCCCAAAGAAAAGCGGAAGUCGGUAUUUGAGAACUAUAUCCAGGUCAAAGAAACAGCUCAAGGACAAGAAGGCACCGGCUUGGGCCUCGGCAUUGUUCAGUCUCUGGUCCGCCUCAUGGGUGGAGAUAUAACGAUCAGGGAUAAGGACAUGGGCGAGAGAGGAACGUGCUUCAGGUUCAAUGUUUUCCUUGCCCCAUGCGACGCAGGUGCUACAAAACUGUUAGAGGAAGACCUCGAGGCCGGAGGUUAUGGAGCAGCGUGUCGUCUUGGGCUAACCACGCGUAGCCCCAAGUCGGAAGGAUCUCAUGUCGUGUUAUUGAUCCAGAAUGAAGAGCGCCGGAGAACUUGUCGGAGUUACCUGGAAAAACUAGGAAUAGAAGUUCUCGUGGCGAGCCAAUGGCAGGAUCUUCCUAUGAUUCUGAAGAAGGUACAAAUGAAGGUCGUCAACGUUGCAUACCAUAGUUCUUCAGGAAAAUCAGAGAUGAGUUGGAGGAUCGAAAGAUUGAGCAAAUCCGCUUCGUGCAAGAAGGCUCCAGGUAGAGUCAGGGGCGUGCCUCUCAGAUCACUGGACGGAGCAGACCAAAGUCUCCCCGUGUACAGGAGUCCUAGUCCCAAAGAUCAAGCGGCCUUCGUGCUACUUAUAAUCGACGCAAGUGCUGGACCAUUUCAACAAAUAUUCAUGGCAGUGACUGAAUUUAGGAAACUCAUUCCGAGCGCUCGUUGUAAGGUUGUGUGGUUAGAUAAGCCGACAAUGAGAAGUAUUGACCUAAGGGCCAUUAAGGGCAAACUCGACCCUGACGAUAUCAUCAUGUCCAAGCCCUUUCACGGCACCCGUUUGCUUCGAGUGAUAAGGCUUCUUCCAGAAUUCGGGGGCUCAUUGCAGAAAAGACCGAGCGAACAGGUGAAGGCGAGACCGGUCCAAAAUGCGGAAGCAGCCAAACCUUUAGCAGAAGAAACUGGAAAUACCAGCAGGGAGAAACCUUUGAGUGGGAAGAGAGUAUUGGUCGUCGAUGACAGCGAGAUAAUGCGAAAGCUGGCUCUACGUAAUCUUUCCAAUCUUGGAGCAACGGUUCAGCUAUGCGAAAAUGGAAAAGAAGCUGUACAAUUGAUUCGUGAUGGUAUUGACGAGCUAAGGGAGCGAGGAGUUUCAGAUAUUUGCCGUCCUUACGAGUACAUAUUGAUGGACUGCCAGAUGCCCGCAAUGGAUGGUUUUGAAGCAACAAGAAAGAUCAGAAAGGAGGAGAGACGAUAUGGAAUCCACACGCCGAUCAUAGCCUUGACUGCUCAUUCUUCAGGCGCCGAAGUGAAGAAGAUAUUCGAGGCCGGGAUGGAUUUCCACGUUGAAAAGCCUGCGAACGGGGUUCGCCUGAUGAAAGCCAUCAGUGAGAUUCAAAGUAGAGGAGGAGGUGUGUAA